AUGGCGAUGUGCACAAAGGUGCACGAGCACUUUCAGCCACUGAUAGCAUCAGAAAGGAAGAAGAAGAAGAAGAAGAAGAAGCAGACAGAUGCUCCAUUCAGUCGGGUGCCUGAUGCCUUUCACAUGACCGAGAGACUGCAGGGCCUGGUGGCUGAGCUGCGGGAAGGGCUCCACGCCGCCCUGACUGAGCUGUGCGAGCUGCGUCAGAGGGACCAGGGCCUGGAGGAAAAGCUCCAGGCCCACGAGACUGAUGUGGAUGAUAAGAUAAUGGGCCUCAAGAACUCCCUCAACACUUUCAAGGAGGAGCUGAAUGUGGCCUUGUUCCACAUAAAGGAUGUGUCCAGCAGACAGAGAGAGGUGCAGAAGAGGAUAGAACAGCUUCAGUCAGAACACAACAAGGAGUUCAUCUCUGUUCCACACAGCAGAAAGAGCUCCAAGGCAGAUGUGCAUGCAUCAGGGGAUGAACACAUCUGUGUGCCCAGCCAGUCUGACCUCAGUGUUAUCCAGCACUUCUUCUCCAGUUUACCACAAAGUGGAUCACCACAUAGGAGCACCACAUCCACACAGACCUCUACUUCUGAUCAGGAGGCUCAGCAGCAGCAGCAGAGAGGUUUUCUGUCCAAAACUCCAGUAUGGAAAAACAGCAGAGAUGAAACAGAGACACCAAACAACCCCACUGAAAACAAUAAGAGGCAGAGAGUUGCUCUGGAGCUGCUGGAGUCAGAGAGAGUCUACGUGUCCCACCUGUCGUUGUUACUGAAGGCCAACAUCUCCUUUAAUGGAACAGAAGCUCUGACAUCCAAAGACAAACGACCAUUUCCCAGCUCUCUGAGGUUUCUGAUUCAGCAGCACUUGGAGCUCCUUCACACUCUGCAGGAACGUGUGCUCAAGUGCCAAUGGCAAGGCAUCAUGGGGGAUGUGUUUAUGAGGCUCACAAGCAAAGAGAAUGAUUUCCUGGACUUUUAUGUUUCCUACCUGAAGGAGCUUCCAGACUGUCUGUCGGUUGUCACCAUGCUUUCCUCCAGCUCCAUGAAAUCCUCUGCCUUCUUGGAGAGCGAUAUAACAGGUGAUGAAUCCAAACCCUCUCUCUACACUUUGCUGCUUCAGCCGGUUCAGAGGAUCCCUGAAUACCUUCUGCUACUGCAGGGCCUGCUGAGGCAGACAGAUGCAGAGCACCCAGACUAUUACCUGCUGCUGGUGUGCAUCCAGCAGUUCAGGUCCUUCACGGCUCAGUACCACCACCUGCUCCAGCACAACCAAGAGCUUCUGCUGCACAACCGCAAGGAGAUGAAGAGGUCUUCCAUGAAACAGCUGUUCAAGACAGUCGAAACUGGGAUUCAAGCUAACCACAUUGGCUCACCGUACCCUUGCAGCAGCUCAAUGCUAGAACAAGCAAACCAGGUGAAACAGAGCAAGCAGCGACUUCUGGAUCAGAUCCAUUCUCAUCGUUUCCAAGCUUGGGAGCGGGAACAGAAUUCAGAAUCUCAUUGUUAUGACACAGAUUGGGUCCCUCAGCUCCAGUUCUUCAGCCCCAAUGUGGAAUCAAGGAACCACAAACCAACAGGUCUGGGCAGUAUCCCAGAGAGUGAAGGAUCUGAGGGGUCCGUGCAGUGCCAGCAUCAUCUGCCUUCCAGACCAGCAGAUUUCCAUCAGAUUCAACCAGGCUCUGCUCUGGCAGAUGCCCUCGGAGAGUUCCUUCUUCCUCCAGACACACCGGGGAUGGAGAGCCUUUAUGAAGAAGAAGGAGGCUCUCUUCAUGAUGUCUCCAUGUUUGACCGCUGCUCCUCAGCUUCUUCAGAUUCCUCCAUUGACAUCGCCUUUGUGAAAUGCCCCAAAGGCCCCUCAGCAUCGCAUCACGCAAUGGCUGCAAAUGUGUCCACGACCAGGGAUGUCUUUGGCUACAAUGGUAGCCAAGGGAAUGGUUACAACAAAAUACCCAACAGAGGUUGUGUGUCUCCAGAUGAAGCUGUAAUGAUGCGGCACAAUCAGCAUCGCCCCCUUCAGGCUAGCCAGCGUAAGAGCAAGUCACUGAAUGGCCUGCAGAUGGACGCAACAGUGAGUCUGGAUGGCGGUCAUCUGUCAGACCAUCUCCACAGGGUUGGACUGGGAAGCCAUGCCAAGCUGGAGCGCCAAGGAAGCAAAGGCAGCAAAGGAUGCUCCACCCCAUCUCGCAAGCUCCAGAGCCCCAUGGGGAACAGAGCUGAGGCAGAAAAACAGCACGAUGAUCUUCAGGGGAUGCUCAGUAUUGACUCUGGAUUUCAGUCAUGGGGGGAGGAUGCAAAGUGGAGAGGCGGGGCAGAGGAGAAUAACCACACCCCCUUCAGCGAGAGGAGCCGGAAGCAGGACAAAGGAGGGUUCAGAAGUUCAUUUAAGAAACUCUUCAAGAAGAAGAGCAGUGAUGAGAAGAAAGACAAAGGUGGUGAGAAAUCAGUAGACAACCAAAACAACAGUGAACCUGAGACAUCAGGGAAAAAUCCCAAACUGGUACAUCUUGAGAUAAACCGUGGCACAGCUGUAUGAGCCUCACACAAACACUGUCGCAAACUGAUCAAAUGUUAAAGUGAAACACAUGCAGUAUCAGUGCAACACAAGGCACACUGACUACUGUUAUAUGCUGUACAGGUAUAAUCCGUUUAGCUAAGCUCUCUUUACUCUACUUAUAUCCAAGCAAGAAGCUUUGAAUUUUUUUUUAAACGUUUAAGUUCAAUGUGAGGGAACAUGCUAAGCAUGGCUUUUGAUGCCAAUUUGAGCAUGACAGCUGUAAAAUUGGAGUUCCUGGAAGAACAAAUUAAAAAAUGAGGAUGUGAUUACAAACUUGACCACUAGAUGGAGUUUGACACUGAGUCCUUUAACUUUCAGACGGCUCUAUAGUUGCCUUCUGUUUCUAUAAUUGUAUCUGAAGACUGAAUCAACCAUCCUCUCUUUCCUUUCUUGUUAAGUAAUGUUUGCAUAAAAUGUGUGCAAAACUCAUUGAUACCUUCUUUAUCUUCAGGGACAGUAGACAGUGGACAACUAUCUAUUCAUCUUCUUAAUGACAUCAACCCUAAAAAAGUGAUUGUUUUGUAUAUUAUUUACUCAGGAGAUCAUUUAUUAAACUGCUCUUUGUGUGUGUUUGUAGAGGUUCAACAUUUUGCUUUUAGGAAAGUCAGUUAUUCUACGCAUCGAACAGAGUUAUUUUGUAAAGAGGUGAAUGUGUCAAUCAAGAGACAGAAGAAAUGCUCAAUAAAGGUCCACG